AUGGCUGCCGCUUCCUCUAACAGCCUGUCGGCCAACGACAACAUUCAGCGAUUCACGGCUUCCAGCCGGCCGUUGAGCCCCCUUCCUGACCACGCUCUCUUCACCGACAAGACGCGAUGCCUCGUCUACGGUCUCCAGCCUAGAGCCGUCCAGGGCAUGCUCGACUUCGACUUCAUCUGCAAGCGAUCCAAGCCCUCUGUCGCCGGUAUUGUCUACACCUUUGGCGGCCAAUUCGUCAGCAAGAUGUACUGGGGAACCAGCGAGACUCUGCUGCCUGUCUACCAGCAGGUUGGAAAGGCCAUGGAGAAGCACCCCGACGUCGAUGUUGUCGUCAACUUUGCUUCUUCCCGAAGUGUCUACAGCUCUACCAUGGAGCUCAUGGAGUACUCCCAGGUCAAGACCAUUGCCAUCAUUGCUGAAGGUGUCCCUGAGCGAGCCGAUCCCGAGUGCAAGAUCCUUGUCUUGCUUGGCGAGGUCGGUGGUGUCGAGGAGUACAAGGUCAUCGAGGCCGUCAAGCAGGGCGUCAUCACCAAGCCUAUUGUCGCCUGGGCCAUUGGUACCUGCGCCAGCAUGUUCAAGACUGAGGUCCAGUUCGGUCACGCUGGUUCUUUCGCCAACUCUCAGCUUGAGACUGCCAAGAUGAAGAACGAGCAGAUGAAGGAGGCUGGUUUCCACGUCCCUGCCACCUUUGAGGAUCUCCCAUCCACCCUCAAGAAGGUCUACGAUGACCUCGUCUCCCAAGGCACCAUCGUUCCCCAGCCCGAGCCCGUUGUUCCCAAGAUUCCUCUCGAUUACUCUUGGGCCCAGGAGCUUGGUCUCAUCCGAAAGCCCGCUGCCUUCAUCUCCACCAUUUCCGAUGACCGUGGUCAAGAGCUUCUCUACGCCGGCAUGCCCAUCUCCGACGUUUUCAAGGAGGAUAUCGGCAUUGGUGGUGUCAUGUCUCUGCUGUGGUUCCGCCGCCGUCUCCCCCCCUAUGCUUCCAAGUUCCUUGAGAUGGUUCUCAUGCUCACUGCUGACCACGGUCCUGCCGUUUCCGGUGCCAUGAACACUAUCAUUACCACGCGUGCGGGCAAGGAUCUAAUUUCUUCCCUCGUGGCAGGUCUUUUAACAAUCGGCAGCCGAUUUGGUGGUGCUCUUGACGGUGCUGCUGAGGAGUUCACCCGUGCCUUCGACAAGGGUCUCAGCCCCCGCGAUUUCGUCGAUAGCAUGCGCAAGGCCAACAAGCUCAUUCCUGGUAUUGGUCACCGUAUCAAGUCCCGAAACAACCCCGAUCUCCGUGUCGAGCUUGUUAAGGAGUACGUCCUCAACAACUUCCCCAGCCACAAGCUUCUCGACUACGCCCUUGCUGUUGAGACUGUCACCACUUCCAAGAAGGACAACCUCAUUCUCAACGUUGACGGUUGCAUUGCUGUUUGCUUCGUUGAUCUUGUCCGCAACUGCGGUGCUUUCUCUGCCGAGGAGGCUGAGGACUACCUCAAGAUGGGUGUUCUCAACGGUCUCUUCGUCCUCGGCCGAAGCAUUGGUCUUAUUGCCCAUUUCCUUGACCAGAAGCGUCUGCGAACUGGACUUUACCGUCAUCCCUGGGAUGACAUCACUUACCUCCUCCCCAACCUUCGGGAGGCUGGUGCCCCUGGUGCUGAGGGCCGCGUUGAGGUUUCUCUGUAAGAAAUGGAGAAUGAUAAUGCAAUCGGAAAGGGAAGAAAUAAGGCGUCGAGCAUUUGAUGAUUUUGUGCCGGCCUGGGCGUGUCGUGAAAAAACGACGGUCCAUAUGAGAAUUCCAAUACAAUGUAACUAGUGCUGGAGGCCACAAGAUGGCACUCCAUAUUACUCGCUUGAUCCUAUAGACAUGAAUGUUGAUGUUUGAUAUGAGAC